AUGACAAACCAGAAAUUAAAUGAGAGUGUGGUCUGUAAAUUUUGUGAAGGGUACUAUGACUUCGGUAGUGAGCAACCAGUGUGCUCAUCUUGCCAUGCUUUCAUUUAUGAGUUUAGUUUACCACAAAUGACUGAAAAUCGUUUAUUUGAAGAAAAAGAAGCAUCCAAUGACAGUGGAAAUGAAGAACCAGAUAAAGGAUCAGAUUUAUUUGCAGCUGCUUGGAAUUCUCCCACUUCAGAAGUCACUUCACAAGAUCAUGUGCUUGUCAAAUCUCGGCCGUCUUGUGCUCGAAUUUUUCCAGCUACAUGUCCCCUACAACAAUCUCAUGUUACUACAUCCUAUGCAAAUUACCCUGUAAUUGAUUACCUAUCACCUGUUUCCAAUAGGAAGAUCAAAUCUUGUAGUUCAUGUAUGUCUCCGAGCCUUGAGGAUCUUCCAACUGAAAUUUUACUGCGUGUUUUUCUCAUGGUAGAUGACAUAUGCUUGUGGUCUCUACGUCAAGCGUCACCCAGAUGUCGUGCGGUAAUCGAUAGUGAGAUAUCAGAACAACAAUGGGAGUCCUAUGUAUCAUUUCGAUGGCCGCUCUUUAAUCCUAAUUGCCGAGUUGAAAGUUGGAGGCUUCUUUACCUCAAUAUGAUGGAGAGUGUUACUUGUAGAUUUUGUUUAGAACGUUUACGCUUACCAGUUGUAUUCCCAAUCGAAGCUCCAAAAGUUCGAUAUAAACGAAUUAAACAUGAAUUUGAAAACCUAUGUGCUGAUCCACCUUACGGCAUAAAAAUUAUUACUUUAGAUACGGCAACAUAUUCUCACUUUCUGGCUGGAAUCGAAGGUCCACCGCAGUCCCCAUAUCAAGGUGGAUUUUUUCACGUUCUUAUUCUCGUUCCUGAUAGUUAUCCUUUUCGACCACCUGUAAUACGUUUUCUUACACGUAUAUUGCAUCCGAACAUCAGCUUUCAUGGUGAUGUCGGAUUGGAUUCAAUCAGGCAUAACUGGUGUUUAGCAUUGAGUUUAGAGAAGCUUUUAAUUAGUAUUUUAGCCCUUUUAACUGAUCCACAUACACGUGUUUGUAUGGAACCAGUAAUUGGUGCUUUGUAUGAUUGGGAUAAGUAUCAGUUCGAAGAAUUAGCAAAAUUAUGGACGUGGAAAUUCGCUUGUCACGAUUAUUUAUCGGCUGAUUUUGUGUCCGCAAUGGUUCUCCCUGAUUAUAUUGAACAAACUCAUCAACGUCUUAACUGUAAACAAAUAAGAUAA